AUGCGAUUAACUGGUUGCUCCCGCGGGACAGUACCGAUUGUGCUGUGGGAGGACAGAGACAUCCGGGAACUCCUCAAACACCCGGAUCCGUGGAUUGAUGAACCCAAUCCGUCCGCCGAAGUUUCUUCAAAGAGUUCCGCAGCCUACGCCUGGAAGACCAUUCCCACGAGGUUAGCGGCUGCACUGGAGGAAUUUCCUUCUCCAAAGAGCCCCACUUACCUCGACUUCUCCCUCAGUUGUCCGGGUGUCUUCUCCGAUAUGUUUGAACUCUAUGAGCGUCGAAGUAGACAGGGCUUGGAGGCAGUAAUUUCCAGCCUUCACCGCAGCCUUUGUGAGGUCUCUCGUGACUAUCGCUCCGAUGUCAGCCAAUGGCAACGCAUCCCCGAGCCUGGAAUUGGCAGCGGCGGUGGCGGACUCAGCAGUACCGCAGGAGACCUGGCCAUCUCAGGCCUGUCUGGCAAGGCGACGGAUAUGUUCAUG